AUGAUUCCCAGUGCACUUAGAUUUGUCCGCUAUUGUUUGCCUUUUACUACUGGCGAUUGCCCGUUUCGCCUGCUUGACUUAUCUCUUACGGGCAAAUCGAGUGAAUUUGACCCCCAAGCGGAAGUGAAGUUUCUUUCUUUCUUUCUUUUCUUAAUACAUUUUAAAAGCUUCUUUCUUUCUUUCUUUCUUUCUUUCUUUUCCCAUACACUUCGUAAAGGUUUCUUUCUUUCUUUCUUUCUUUCUUUGAUUCUUUCUUAUUUUUUCAUACACUUUUUAAAGCUCUCUUUCUUUCUCCUGUUUUUCUUAAUACUUUUUAAGGUAUUCUUUCUUUUCUUUCUUUCUUUCUUUCUUUCUUUCUUUCUUUCUUUUCCCAUACACUUCUUAAAGCUCUCUUUUAUUUAUUUCUUCCUUUCUUUCUUUCUUCCUUUCUUUCUUUCUUCCUUUCUUUCUUUCUUUCUUUCUUUCUUUUCCCAUACACUUCGUAAAGGUUUCUUUCUUUCUUUCUUUUCUUAA